AAAAAAGAAACUUGUUUGUUAUAGAAUUGAAAACACUUUCAGCUGAACAAGCGUUCAGAACCAAUUGCAUAUUUAUUUAUACAUUGCAGCAAUGUCCAAGCGCCAGCAGGAAAUACUACGCAUUGAGCGUGAGGUGAGAGCCAAGCUGCCGCAUCGCGCCUUUCGCGAGAUAAUCUUUGACAGAGAACAGAUAAAGGCAAGCAUAGUGCCACUGAGCUAUACGGAGGCGCGUCGGAAACACGGUCCCAUCUACGAGGCACUGCAGGAUGAACUGCAUCAUGCGGGAUGUCGCAUGAUGCCGGAGUUCCUGCACUGCCUCGCCGAGAAGGAGCAGGCGCUAUACGAAUCCAUCAGCAUACGCGCGCGUAUCAUCGAUGAUCGUCCGCUGCUCUAUGAAGUGGUAGAAAAACUAAAGCAUGCCGAGCUGGCCGUGCUGCAGCGCAAGUUCAAAGGACUCAAGGAGUGCUUUACGCUAUUCUAUGAAACGCUGGUGUUGCUGGAGCCAUACCGCGUCAAGUACGAGUACGCACUGAAUGCAGUUAUGGAGCAUAUAGUUUCGCUUUGCCACAACAUUGAGGGCCAGGAGCGUGAUGCGGCCGAGAUGAUAGCGCGCAUUUACUUUACCUAUGCCAAGUAUCUGGAACGCACAGGAGAACGGGCAAAUGCAAUAACCUAUCUGCAGACAACGUUGGAGCUGGUGCGUGGUCAUAUGUGGCCAGCUGAGAUGGAUUCGCGCGCCGGCGGCGUCAUACUACACGAACUGGUGGCUCAGAUGCUGGCCCGCCAGCUGCUAAUCUAUGGACGUCAGAUAGUGCGCCACCAGCCCGACGAGGCCAUUGAGAUGGCCAGGCGGGCAACAGUGCUCAUAGCAGAGAUUGGUCGCGAGAAAAACUUGGAUAUAUUUUGUGAUACGUAUUUGGAGCGCGCCUUCUUUCUAAUGGAAAAGGGUGACUAUCAUCCGGCUAUGCUUUGCCUGGAGCUGAUUCGGCCACAAAUUAUUGCUUGCACCGAGUAUAAAUUUGUCAAGCUUAACAUGAAGUUCUAUCUAUAUCAAGGACAAUGCGCUGAAAGCUUUGACUACAUUGAGAAAGCCAUCUCCAGUUUUAAGCGUGCGCUGCGUCUAUCACGUCUGUAUGACCAUAAGGAACAAGAGGCCGAGAUCUUGCUGAAUCUGGGCAAGCUCUUUGCACGCGACACACAGAAGACCAACAUAGCCAAGAAGUGCUACAAUCAGGCCAAGAGCAUUUACAUCGACUACAACGAUACGCACAGCAAGAAGACCGCUGUCUUUCUCAUGGCCAAGCUAAUGGCGGACGAGAUUACGCCAUUGUAUAUGGCCAUGCUAAAGGCGUCGAGCUCACAGUACUGCGCUUUCUACAAUUUGCGUCAGUGGAAGAAUCGUUGUCGUCCCUUUUGGCAUAGUCUGGGCGAUGAGAUCAUGAAGCAGGAGCGUAACAAAAUUUACUGCUUGCUAGAGGAAGAAAAUCCAGAUCCCGUUAAGGUAACCGAUGAGUAUCUGGCGCUGGACGGCAAUACGUUUAAAGUAGAGGAGGGUGAUCUCUCAAAUUAAAAUUGUUAUUGUUUGACAAGCAUGGCUUAUAUUCCAGCCUUUGGGCCAUGGGGCGUAUGCUUAACGUGUUAGUGAAUAUUUAUGGCAUACGCCACUUUGCACACAUUGCGUCUUCUAAUUCCACAUAGUUAGCCCAUAUUUAAUUCUAUGAUGACACAAACGCGCAACAAAAAGUUUGCAAAUCAAAAUAAAUGCCCAAAGUUGCUUAAUUAAAAUGAAACUGCCAGGACAAUGGAAAAUCUCAAACAGCAAGGCCAUUUAAGUGCGAAAAUGCUGAGGCUUCCACAUUGUUGCGCGGCCACAAAAAGCAACGGGUUGCAUACAAAUAAUAAAAAUAUAAA